UUUUCCAUUUUUCACCACCAUCAUUUUUUUAUAUCAAAACCACAUCCGCAACCACCACGACGAUUAGACCCGGAAUUUGCCAAAUCAAAUAAACCAAUUCCAACGAAUAAAUUUUAUACAAAUUUAUUAGUAGAUACCAACCUUAAUCCAAAUCCCGUUUUUCCUUUACCUUAUGCAUUAAGAUUUGAAUCCAAUCCAGAUGGUGCUUUGAAUGGUUUCAGUAUUAGUAAUGUUGACGAAUAUCAAAAGACCUUGGGACCCGAUCCAAAUGCCGACCCCGUUCAAUUUUUUUUCAGCGUAUACACACCGAGCAUUGCGAUCUCUGCAAAUGAAUUACCGAAAUUACCAGACCUACUUCUCUCGGAUCCUACUGAUUUUUCGAUCGUAGCUACUUUAUCAUUUUCCGCUACCCAAAAGAUCACCAUGCCAAUAGUUCGUGGUAUGGCCUUCGUAACUGCCAUCUAUGAAAAUUUGACGCCAUUAUUCUUAACGGGAGUAGGAUUUACAUCAAUAUCCAGUCCAGUUAAGGUUGGAUCACUUCAACAAUUUACUGUUGGAUUGAAUGAUGGGUCAACUUGGCUUAUUUAUGCCGGUGGAAGUCCCGAAUUAGUAUUGACAUUGACGGAUGGGAAAAUCGUAUGUGACUCGGGACCAUUUUCCGGUACCAUUCAAAUCGCCAAAGUACCAAAGGGUAACGACGAAGCUAUAGGUAUUUACAGCAACAGUUCUGGAACUUAUGCCACGGGCGUUGAUUUAGACGUGGAAAACGACGGAAAAGUCGGUUCAUAUACCUUUAAUUGGAAAAUUGCCGGUGACUCAUCGAAGUCAUUAUUGCAAUUUGCAUUACCGCAUCACGUUUCAUCGCUUACAUCCGGAGCCACCCCAACAUCAAUUUCAUUGACUUCGCCGUCCAAAGGACAAAUGAUAGCAUUUAGUGGCAAUUCUUGGUCAUUUACUGAACCAGAAUUAAAUAAUAUUGGAAUCCUUCCAACAAAUUUUGAGUCAUUAUUGACCGGAGAUCAAAAGGCAUUGAUCGCAGAGCAAGCUAAAUUAGAUAUUGCUCAAGAUUUCACAAAACUUUCGAAUUUGGAGAGCACGUAUUUUAGUGGAAAAGUGAUGGCUAAAUUUGCCCUAGUUUGUUUGAUAGCGAACGAUGUUAUCGUAGAUGAAGCAUUGUCGACAACUUGCAUUGAUCAAUUAAAGAAUGCUAUGCAAUCCUUUGUGACAAAUACACAAAUAGUUCCUUUUCGGUACGAUAGCUCAUGGAAAGGAAUCAGCAUCGAUCGAGAUGAUCAAGGCGCAGAUUUUGGUGCUGCUUUCUAUAAUGAUCAUCACUUUCAUUACGGAUAUUUCGUUUACACCGCAGCAAUUCUUCGUCACUUGGACGAAGCAUGGGGUGCACAAAAUGGGGAGUGGGUGGAAUCCUUGAUAAGAGACGUAUCCAAUCCAUCAGCAGACGAUACAUUUUUUCCAACAUUCCGUAAUUUUGAUUGGUUUUCGGGACAUUCAUGGGCGAGUGGUAUUAUUGCUUCGGGAGAUGGUAAUAACGAAGAGUCAACAAGUGAAGAUUAUAAUUUUGUUUAUGGAAUGAAAUUAUGGGGUCAAGUUUCCAAAAGGCCACAUACUGAACAGUUAGCUGAUGUGAUGUUAGCCGUUGAAGCUAGAAGCAUGAGUACUUAUUUCUUAAUGGAAGAUGAUAAUGUUGUUCAACCUAAAAAAUUUAUUAAGAAUAAAGUUACAGGGAUUUUAUUCGAGAAUAAAGCCGAUCAUACUACCUUCUUCAGCAACACAACAGACGCUAUUCAUGGAAUCCAAAUGAUACCCGUGACUCCAAUUAUGCCAUAUAUCCGUUCAAAGAAAUUCAUUAACGAAGAAUGGAACCAAAUACUCGCACCCAUAGUUGGUGGCUUGACAAGUAAUUUUCAAUCUUUAAUUGAAAUGAAUCAUGCAAUUGUCGAUCCCAAAGCAGGUUCCGACUACUUUGCAAAUGCAAAUAAAACUAAUGCUCCUCUGGAUGAAGGAUUAUCAAAAACCUGGGCUUUAUUUUGGUGUGCUGUUCAAAGUGUAUAA